GAAAGGGAAAUCUCAAUGCCUUGCUAAGCGAAAUUUGAGACUGCAAAUUCACACAUGCAGCUCUAUUUGUUCAUUUUUCUCUCUCUUUUCUUCACUUAUGGCCAUUCCAAAACGGAUAUCUCUCUUGGUUACCAGCUCACUGUGGCAGUGCCUAUUGAAUACAGUUUGGGAUUCAUUGGGAGAGCUUUUUUGAUGGAGACGAAUGAAAUCACACCAACUUUUAAAACUGCAUUGAGUGUUGAAGCUCUGAAUGGCAAAUACUCAUGCUCCUUGGAAGUCUUUCUUGGAGAUGUCAAGGUUUGGAACUCUGGUCAUUACUCGAAGUUUUAUACUUCAAAUAUAUGCGUCCUUCAACUCACCCAAGAUGGAGAUUUGAGGUUGAAGGGUCCAAAAGACAGAGUUGGAUGGAGGACUGGGACUUCUGGACAAGGUGUGCAGAGGUUAGAGAUAUUAAGGACAGGAAAUUUAGUUCUGCUAGAUGGGUUGGGCAAUAUCAAGUGGCAGAGUUUUAAUUUUCCAACUGAUGUAAUGCUUUGGGGUCAGAGACUAAGUGUGGCUUCUAGGUUGAUUUCAUUUCCAAUCAACUCCACUUCAUACUACUCACUUGAAAUUGAACAGAGCAGGAUUGCUCUCUACUUGAAUUCUGGUAAGUGGAACUAUUCCUAUUGGGAAUUUAAGCCUACCAAGAACAGAAACAUCGCUUAUGUUCAACUGGGUCGCAAGGGUUUAGAGUUAUUCAAUGACAAACUAAAGAAAAUUGCACAGAUUCAUCCAUCUGAUCAUCAAACAGUUCAGUUUGGUCAGCCCCUGAGGUUCUUAGCAUUGGGGAACAGAACAGGAAAUUUGAAGCUAUAUUUUUACUCACCCAGCAUUGCUAAAUUUGAUGCUGCUUUUCAAGCACUCAACACCACAUGUGAUCUUCCAUUGGCUUGUAAGCCUUAUGGGAUUUGCACCUUGUCCAGUGCUUGUUCAUGCAUUCAAGUGUUGAUAGCUGAAAAUGAGACCAGUAGAAGUGAUAAUUCUGAUUGCAGUCAAGGAAUUUCAGGUGGGUUUUGUGGCAAUGGCAAGACUAAAGCAGAGAUGCUUGAAUUAACGGGUGUUGGUAGUGUUUUAAGGGGUGCUCCUAAAAUAGUUAAUGUGAGCAAAGAAGCAUGUGCUAAUUUGUGCUUAGAAGACUGUAAUUGUACAUCUGCAUUAUAUUCAACUGCAAAAGGAGGCAUGGAAGUAGAAGAGUGCUUUCUUUAUGGAAUGGUAAUUGGGGUUAAACAGGUUGAAAGGGGAAGUGGAUCGAGCUACAUGGUUAAGGUUCGAAAAGGAGCUCAUGGGGGCCAUGGAAAGUCCAAUUUGAAAAGGUGGGUUUUGGUCCUGGUGGGAGUGGUUGAUGGGUUGAUUAUUCUUCUGGUUUUUGGCGGCCUUGGCUACUACUUGAUAAAGAAGAGAAGAAAACACACAUUGCCUAAUGGCCAUAACAGUUGACUGUAUUUGUUACCAGGUUUUCUUGUCUGU